GCUGCCCUCUGCACUCAGCUGUUUGUUUUGUUGACGAGCGGAGUCUGGCUCGUGUGCUUAUAUUCUCGGCUUAUUACAUUCGUGGCCGCCUCUGACAAGCCUCCAGUGAAGCCCUCUCGCUUUCCUAGGAUCAGAUAAGUGAAGUGGCCGCGGCGAGAGAGGCGGAAGCGAGGAAAGGCGAGGGAGCGAGAGCAACUUUCACAGUGUUAACGCUUGGUGGAUGUUGUGUGCGUGUGUUGGUGGUUGGCCUUGGUGUGUUUGUGUAUGGGUGAGCUCUGUCUGCGGGUGUGUGUGAGCUCUGCUUGUGUUUGGGCUAACCUGGCCCAUGCACACAACGUGAAAAAGUCCGUGGUGUGGAAACUUAAGGACAGCAAGGACUGGUGAGACCAAGUCAAGGAGCUCCUCAAGGAAUACCAGAGAAAGCAGAAUCCAAAGAAAGCCCUUUCUGCUUGCUUAGAGAUAUUAUCUGAUCAGUGACUAUGUGGCCUUAUUUGAAGAACAAGUUUGUAACCUUUGGACAGAGUAAUGAGGUUGUUCUCGCUGAGGCCAGCGCCACGUCCUGUUAAUUAACGAACUCAAGUGUUUGUUGUCGUGAAGUCCACAAUAGUGUCUCUCAAUGGGUGCAUCGGUAAUUCCAAUUCGAGUGAUGAGAUGAGCAUGAUGUCGGACGGAGGGGGGCCGGGGGGUGGGGGGGAGUCCAGCAAGCCGUACGAUUACCUCCUCAAGUUCCUUCUGGUGGGAGACAGUGACGUCGGGAAGCACGAGAUCCUUCAGCCCUUGGAAGAUGGUUCCACCGAGUCGCCCUUCUGUGUUGGCAGCGGACACAAGACGACCACAAUCCUGCUGGACGGGAAGAGGGUCAAGUUACAGCUGUGGGAUACAUCCGGCCAAGGAAGAUUCUGCACCAUUAUAAGAUCUUAUUCUCGAGGUGCCCAGGGUAUCCUCUUGGUGUAUGAUAUCACCAACAAGUGGUCAUUCGAGGGCUUAGAUCGAUGGAUGAAGGAAAUUCAGGAGCAUGCUCCAGGUGUGCCGAAGGUAUUGAUUGGGAACCGACUUCACUUAGCUUUCAAGAGACAGGUGAGCCAAAGCCAAGCAGAACAGUAUGCAGCCAAAAACCACAUGAACCUAUUUGAAGUUAGUCCACUAUGUGACUUCAAUAUUGUCGAGAGUUUUACAGAACUCUCACGGUUGGCUUUAAAACGGAAUGGGAUGGAGAGACUCUGGAGAGCGAAUAAAGUGUUAACGCUCCAAGAACUUUGUAGUAGAGCCAUAGUUGCAACAACAACUGUGUACGGUAUUGAACACUUGCCACUACCACACUCAAUCAAGUCACACCUCAAAAGCUAUACCAUCCAUAAUCAUGCUACAAGACUCAGACAGGGGAUUCCAUUAACUGAUAAGCACAAAAAGAAGCACCUGAUGAUCCCAGGAGACACCACAACAUCCUGUGUCAACACUUCCACUUGUGUUAUCUGCUAGUCACAACUUGGGGUUAUCUACUGGUGAUUUGCCAAGUCACAGCCUUCUUUAACCUGUCAGCUUGAAGUUAAAUGUUAUUACCAUAUCAGCUCACAAGUCACUGUCACCUGCAAUUCUUCAUUGUCUGUUGUUGUUUGUGUAUGAUAGGAUUUUAUUGAUAUAAUAUAUAGAAUUCAGCAUUGGCAUAACUAUAUAAAGAUAAAGAAAUUUAUUAAUGAAAUACUGAUUUAGUGUGAUAGCACAAUGAAAGUUUUGCUAUGUCUAUCUUUAGCAUCUGUAAGUAUUAAACAUGAAGCGCACAUGAUGUCAUAUAUACAGUUAGAAUUAUAAUCAGUGUAGUAGCCAAUGUCAUUUUUGUAAUUACCACCAUUAAGGUAUCACAGAUCGUGUUGAAAUUGUAGUCCAUGUACAGAAGCAUUAAGGCCUGAUAUGGCAUAUGAUUAAUCCCAUCAUUGAUAUGUGUAUCAUUCUACAAAUUCAUAAUACACAAUGUAAAUUGUUUUGUAGCUGCAACAAUUUUAUGUCUAGAUAAGAAAAUGAUUUUCUAGAUGUGGAGCUAUUAAAUCAGAUUAAAACAGAUUUUGAAAUAAUUUUUGAUAAGUCUGCAUAUUGAAGAUUUAUUGUGGACAUGAUGGAAUAUGUUUAUUUGAAUUUGAAAAUGAAGGUUUUGAAGUUUCAUUUUAGAUAUAAAUAUAUAUUUUUUAUGAUUUUAUUAAGAUUGCUGGUGACACUGUGUAUCAUUAAGUUAAUGAUAUAAUGAUCUGAUAUGCUAAAAUUUUAUUUUGUAACAUUGUAUAUUACAGUGAUUUUCAGUUGCAUGUGUGUAAUGGAAGAUAUAUUGUAAUUAAAGUAUGAAAGAAACCAAAAAAUGGAAGGUGAGAUAUGGCAGUUGAUUGGCAAUGUUCAAAGCAAUGACUAAAAGUACUUGUAGUAACAUAAGUGAAAUUACAAGCAUAUGGUCUGGGAAUACUGAAAGUCUGUUUCCUAUUACAAUAUGUGAUACAAAGAGGAAAAGAGUUGUGCUCAGGUGAAAUGUAAAUUCUACUGAAUAGGGAAUUGACAACAAAAUUUACCAACAGUUGUAUGAAAGAGUAUGCUGUAGAAAAAACAGUGAUAUGAUGCCAAUUCAACAUGUAUUGCAUUGAUACAAAAUGCCCUCCUUGCUUACCUGUAGAAUUUGAGACAUUGUGAGAUAAUGAUUGCAGUAAUAAAAAAAUGUAUAUAUAUAUAACACAGCUUCACUGCAUUUGCAUUAUUGUAUUCAUAGAUGCAAAAAAUGGAAGAGAAACAUUGUUAAAGCAUACUUUUGUGUUGUGUAUUUAUAUUUACAUCAUAUAAGGCACUUAGUGACUUCAGCUUUCUUUAUUUGUUUUGAAGAGGAGUGAUAAUUUUUUGCCUUUAGAAAUGUGUUCUGCAAAGGAUAGAAAGACAGUGAAAGCUAUCUUAGGUACAUAAUAAUGAUACUUAAGGUAUUUAAUAAAAAAAAUGAAAUUUAAAAGAAUAGAACAUAGUCAAGAUUGAGAUUAUGCUUAGAUAUUAGGAUGAUAUUUUAUUUUUAUUUGUAUUCUUAAUAAUUGGCUUCAUGUGGCAGCUUUUUCUGUGAUUAGUCAGUAAUAUUUUAGCUCAACCUUUAUUAUCUGUUAAUAAUACUGUUGUUCUACAGGCAUUUUGCUUGUAAUUAAUUUAUUAAUCCAUGAGCAAUACUAGGAAGAACAAAUGUUUUUGUACUUUGUGUUAGGUUUCGUAACUCGUUUUCUUUUUAAUCUGCUUUGCUGAUGACAUAAACAUUGCAAUUUGGCACAAGCAGAGAAAAUUGUAGGUGUUGCAAGAUGCAUAUAUUCACUCAUAAAUAUUAUUUCGUUUUGUUAAUUUUGCAAGAAGAGUAGUUGCUUCCAAAAGAAACUAUUAUUUUUGGAUAGUAUUCACUUUUUUCCUUGAUAUAGUUAAGUGUUACAAAAUCACUUACUUUUCUACCCUAUUAUUAGGUCUGGUAGCUUUUCUAUCAUGUUUGCUUCUGGGAAAUAAUGUAAUUUUUUUCUUCUAAACAGUAUUAUUAGAUAGGUAAAGUUCUGAAAAUAGAUGGAAGCCUAAUGAAAAUGGAGAUAUUUCAGUUGAGUAUUUUUAAAUAUCUUGUAUUCACAAAUUUAUUAUAUUGAUUAUUUGCAAUUCUUGGGGAAGAAAUGAAAGAAUGGGCAUGAUCAUGGUAGCAGGAGAAAGUAAAGAAAUUGUUUAAUAGUAAAGUUUGAAAUGUAAGAAAGAGUGAAUAUAAAAGCAUUUCAUGUUUAUAUAUUGCAUGAUGUAUUUGACAUAAGAGCUGUGGAAAGGAAGAUCGUGAAAUUGGAUGGCACAGGGAAAUUCCUGCUAGUCGUGUCUUUUGGCAAAUCUCUAACUCUGACGUGAGGCAACUCUCUCUCACCCCACAGAUGUUGUCCUGUCUAUGAAUUGCCCUGAGUGUGUUGGAGCCCUCCUUUAUGUCACAUUAUUGAAUAUUUAUCUACCCUUUUUUGCACUGUUUUGAAAUGGUUCCCAUAGUCAAAUACUUUCACUAUUCGAGGACAGAAUGCAAAAUGCUGAACAUCUUAUUUUACAAUUUGAAUGUAUGCUCUGCAGAAAUCAAAUCUGUUCAGAUCCCUGAUUUUGUCCAUUGUCCAUAACCAAUUUCUUUUGCAGUAUAGCAUAAUUGGGUAAAAGUUUGCAAGAACAGACAGAAAUAUAAUAAAUACAGUAUUUAGUAUUAAGGAGGGCAUAGAAUAUCAGAUUUGAAGAUUAAUGAGGAUAAAUGUUUUUUAUGCAACUGUUAAAAUGUAUGUAUGCAACAGAAAUAUUAGCAUCAUUCAUCACAAACCAAAUAUUAUCUAACCUGCAUUAUCAUAAAGUUUAUGACAUCACUGUUUCUUGUUAAUGGCAUGUUAAUGUUUGUAGUUUUUAAGAAAAUAUUUGAAGAUCCUUUAUAGCACUUGUUGAUGUCACUAGUAUUUCUUGAAUAUUUUCCCUGUUUGUCUGAUUGAAAAAAGAAAGAAAGAAAAGAAGCACAGAAAGUAAGUAGGUAUAUUCAAUCAAUGUUUAAGAAAGUCUGAAGAAUGUGAAACAAUGUUUUGUUAAAGUUCAACAUUUUCUGCAUCAGAUGAUGGUAAUGAAUAUGUCCAGUUAUAAGUAGUUAUCCAUGGAAAUUAAGUAGAGGAGCUGUCUUAUAUAUGCUGCAGGUAAGCAGCUAUGGUCAUCAGAAAGGAUGUUGAAAGUGCACCUGAAAAUUGUCACUCCACUCUGGUAAUGUACAAACUUUUGCCUUCAUCUCUGUAGGCUAGGGAAUUGUAUUGCUGUGAUGUAUUACCUUCUUGAAUGGUAUGUUAACCAAGUUGGUAUGGAUGUUUUUGUUUUCUCUUUAAUUACUGCCACAAUACUCUUUAUUCUUCUUUUACUGUUCAAAUUGUGUGAAAAUAUUUACAGGAUUAAAAAUGUAUGAUUUUCUGGAUUACAGAUGUCAUAUAUAUGAUGUAUUCAUUGGGUAAGAAUGGUAUGCUUCAGUUUAUAGUGAUUUACUUCUUUCUUGGUUUACUGUCAGCACAUUCAUUUUAUUGAUUUUUUUGUAUUUACUUGAGUCUGCUUUUUGGCUAAAAUUAUUUUAAUGUAGAUUGAGCUUGUGGCAAGUAAGAGAAUAGGAAUAAUUCAGUUAUUAACAUGGAUUUUAAUAAUGUCUUGUGUCUCCUUCGUAUUUGAAAUGUCUUGUUUGCUACAAUAUUUUCCUAAACAUUGCAGGUAAUACAACUUAAUUUUAUUUUAUUCAUUUAAAGACUUCUCAAUUAGUCAUUACUCAUACUGAAUAUUCAAGUGCUGUUAGACAGGGCAAAUUGAUUUUAUUAAGAUAUUCGUGAUUCUGGUAAUAACACUGAAUAUUUAUAUAUUUAUUGGAUUAUUUCUACAAUAUUUACAUACCUGCUGAAAGUUUGAAAAUGAAAUAGGAUUCAGAGUAUUUUUUGGUAAUAUAGAAGAAAAGAAAACUUGCUUUGAAGUAGUGAGGAAUUUUGUCCCUUAUUCUUUAGCUCUGCAGCAAUAUUUUUGUCAAUAUUAUUAACUUUAAAACAGAUGACAGCUUGUCCAGAUUCCAUGAUAGGAAUUGGAGGUAACCUAAUGUCCUUUGAAUUCUAAUUUUUCAAGGAGUCUUGUACCUUGUUUUAAGUAAUGGACAUAUGCAAAUAAACUGUGAGUGAAGGUCAUGGAGGUUAUUAUUGUAUUGAGGGUGUAUUUGUAGACUUUGUAUAUAGACCAAAAAGUUUGUCCUGGCUCUAUAGAAAUUACUUAAUGCUACAUCAUAGCUGUAGUUUGUCCAGCUCAUUGAGAAGUGAUAUGCAGAAGGUUUAAGUACAAUGUUUAAAGCACUGCAACUAUACUUGAUAGAUUGUACCACUGCCUUGUUGAUGGAUAGUUUUAUAUUUGCCCUUUAAAUGCAAAGUCAGCUGCUGCAGUGUGAUAAUGAAGGCAUAUGCAUCAACAAAAUUUGGACAAGUCAGUUUGUUGCUGACAGAGCAACCCUGCAUGAAGGUGUAGCAUUAUAGCAGCUCCUGUAAGUGUUAGUGCUGCAGUGUCUUACCACUUUAAAGUAUGUUCACUGCGGCUCUUGUAUGCACUAUAUUAGUUUAGUGGAUAUGGAAUUUUCAAGAGCCACAUUGUAGAACAAUGAACAGUUUGUUUGAAGGUGCAAAAUAGUUCUGAAAUAAGAGUGUUAAACAAGAAAUAGAACCUGUGUGGUUACAGCUCAGUACUUACUCUGGUCCAGUUAUGUAUGUAAAUGAAUCUGUGAAUGUAGCUUGUAUUUCUAAUAACUAAAUCCAUACUUUAUUUCUUUAUAUAAAUUAUGUAUAUUAUUGUUCUGGCUCUGAUGUAAUUUGUUGAAAUUGUUAGUAAAAGAGUACAUCAAAGGCAGACAUAAAGGCAUUUAUAUAACAGGAAAAUUUAAAAUCAUGUUUGCACUUCUUGUUCUGAAAAGGUGGUUCUCCAAUUCCUAAAAGAUCUUUGUAUAUUUUGUACAGAAGUGUCGUGCUUAGUCUGGCAUGUAUUUGUAUAAAAAAAACAAAAAAAGUUUUCAAUAAAAAUACUUAUGAAAAUGACUGUAA